UCAAUAAUUAUUUGAAUUUUUACUAUAUAGGAUUGGACCCAGCAAGUCCCUUGUUUGAAAACUCUACGUUUGCAAUUAACAAAGGAAGUGCCCAGUUUGUGGACAUCAUCCAUACAGACGCUAGACCUUUUGGUUAUGGAAUGAGAAGACCAUGUGGCCAUCUGGACAUCUACGUCAAUGGCGGAAGGCGGCAACCAGGGUGCACCUAUAACCCGAAAAAACCCGUCAGGAUCCAUAAGCUUAAAAAGGCGACUUUUGGAAAAGCCUGUGGACAUCUAAAAGCAGUGGCGUACUACGUAGAAUCUAUUAGAGACAACUGUAAGUUAAGAGCCUGUGAAUGUACCUUUAAGAAAUUUCUGGCAUCCAAAUGUAGCCGUACCAAGUGUGUGUUCUGGGGGUACGACACCACUAAAGGCGCCAAGGGAACAUACUACGGUGUAACCGCCACAGCCUUCCCGUACUGUAGAACUGAUGGUUCUGAGUAAGCUAUGUGGAAAACCAGAACAUUCGUACCAGAUGUUUGAGAUGUUUCUUUUUCAUUAGUAUCAUAUCAAUGUUUUCUCCCAAAUAAAGUUCUUUUUCUUGCAUCAGA